UCUUUGAAAUAACGGAUGUAAACAUCUGGAGUUCUGCGCACGCGGACAUGAAGCACGAUACAAGCACAGUGUGCAAGAUAUACUUUGGAUAAACAAUAGUUGCGAGCUUCACAAACAAACUUCAAAUUCCGGCCACCAUUCAGCAAAUGGGCGGAUUCUUCCUUUGGCUGAUGUGUGCUUGACAGAAUGUAAACAAACUGCACCCCGGUUCAUGUGUGGUUAUCAAGAUCACGACUUCGAAGCGAAAAAGUCCCCCCCUCGAAACAUGUGUGCUGCUGCAAAUAUUGAAGUCUCCAUCAAGAUUCCCUUUCCCACGAAGCGCGAGGCGGAAAUAGCGUACGAUGUGCUGCGGGUAGACAGCGAGCCGAAGCGUAGUUUCGUCCACAAAACGAUCACACUGGAGGAGAACCAUCUGCUGCUGCGGCUGGGCGGCGAGCAGGCGAAAAACGUGCGCGUCGGCGUCACCUCCUUCUGCGAGCUGCUGCUCCUGUGCUGCGAAACGCUCGACCAGUUCGGUCCGCCGAAGUCGGACCGGUACGAACAUUACUAG